AUGGCUACAAUAACCUUCACUCAACAUCCGACUAAACCAACAGAACGUGAACUAGGCAAUAUCGAAGUUGCGUUAACGAAAUUAUGGGAGUUGGAUCAUAAUCGAUUGGAACCUGGUCGUGAUCCCACAUUCAAAGCAUUCUAUGCAAUUCUCGAUAACUAUAUCGCUCGAACGGGAAUUCCCGAAGUGGUGGAUUCAGUCGAAAUAUAUGAAAACGAUGUGUUUAUUCGUGAAUCGUUGAAAACCGCGCCAAUGCAAUACGUGUUUCAAUAUUUGGUAGCAAAAAGAAAAAUAAAAAAUAACCAAAAUGAAUUUCGUGGUCUUCUCAACAAUCUAUGGUUUCAUAUGUACCGACGAGAAGUGAAAGGUGAUUCUAGUGGAUUUGAACACGUUUUUCUUGGAGAAGUAAGAAACGAGCAAGCUAUAGCAUUUCACAACUGGAUUAAUUUCUACUAUAACGAAAAGAAAGGAAUGUUACGUUACGAAGGUUACGUUGUUCCUCGUAGUGAUCCUCAUGCCAAAGUAAAUAUUCUUCACUUUGUGGUUCAGGAUAUCCGUGUAAAUAUUAAAGUACAUCCAUUAUAUCAAGGUGGCGUUAGAAGAAUUGGUGCAGCUUACCCAGAGAUUCACGGACAUAUCGUUUAA